CCCUGGUCAAUGGAUCUGCUAGGAUCGAUCUACUGAUAGGUGAGCUGGCUCGUCUCCGUUUGUCCGUGUCUGUUCUGAAUCCGAAUCUGUGACUCGCGAGGUCUGAAACUGGAGCUGGCACAGUCCUGGCGGACGCGCUAUAGGACAGCCAGCGGAGACCAGUAGGAGACGUCCCCUGGCUCUCAUCUGAUCUAUAUUGCGAUCUGAGCUGCCCCGGUUUGGCGGGCCGCAGCCGUAUCUGAGCUGCCCGGUUGAUCGGGCAGCAUCUGUCUCUGAUCUGAGCUGCCCCGGUUUGGCAGGCAGCAGCCGUAUCUGAGCUGCCCGGUUGAUCGGGCAGCAUCUGUCUCUGAUCUGAGCUGCCCCGGUUUGGCAGGCAGCAGCCGUAUCUGAGCUGCCCGGUUGGGCAGGCAGCAUCUGUCUCUGAUCUGAGCAGCCCCGGUUUGGCGGGCAGCAGCCGUAUCUGAGCUGCCCGGUUGGGCGGGCAGCAGCUGUCUCUGAUCUGAGCUGCCCCGGUUUGGCGGGCAGCAUCUGUCUCUGAUCUGAGCUGCCCCGGUUUGGCGGGCAGCAGCCGUAUCUGAGCUGCCCAGUUAGGCGGGCAGCAGCUGUCUCUGAUCUGAGCUGCCCCGGUUUGGCGGGCAGCAUCUGUCUCUGAUAUGAGCUGCCCCGGUUUGGCAGGCAGCAGCCGUAUCUGAGCUGCCCGGUUAGGCGGGCAGCAGCUGUCUCUAAUCUAGGCUGCCCCAGCGCGACCGCGAUCCAGGCAGCUAACUCUGACCCGGGCUUCCGGUGCGCGCUUGCGAUCUGAACUGCCCCGGUUUGGCGGGCAGCAGCUGUCUCUAAUCUAGGCUGCCCCAGCACGACCGCGAUCCAGGCAGCUAACUCUGACCCGGGCUUCCGGUGCGCGCUUGCGAUCUGAACUGCCCCGGUUUGGCGGGCAGCAGCUGUCUCUAAUCUAGGCUGCCCCAGCGCGACCGCGAUCCAGGCAGCUAACUCUGACCCGGGCUUCCGGUGCGCGCUUGCGAUCUGAACUGCCCCGGUUUGGCGGGCAGCAGCUGUCUCUAAUCUAGGCUGCCCCAGCACGACCGCGAUCCAGGCAGCUAACUCUGACCCGGGCUUCCGGUGCGCGCUUGCGAUCUGAACUGCCCCGGUUUGGCGGGCAGCAGCUGUCUCUAAUCUAGGCUGCCCCAGCGCGACCGCGAUCCAGGCAGCUAACUCUGACCCGGGCUUCCGAUGCGCGCUUGCGAUCUGAACUGCCCCAGUUUGGCAGGCAGCAGCUGUCUCUAAUCUAGGCUGCCCCAGCGCGACCGCGAUCCAGGCAGCUAACUCUGACCCGGGCUUCCGGUGCGCGCUUGCGAUCUGAACUGCCCCAGUUUGGCGGGCAGCAGCUGCCUCUGACCAAGGCUGCCAAAGUGCGCCUGCGAUUAGAUAUCAUUAAUAAGUCAGAUCAGAUUUCCUUUACAAGGAUUCAAACCCACAUUCCUUUACAGGAAAAGACUACAAAUUAUUACAGGAUAGGUAAUACCCAGAGCACUCCUCUAUCUCUCCUUACGAGUAAUUUCAAAGAAGUUAGAGCAAGAGGCCAUGAUCUUGGUAUAGAAAUCAGGAAAAGAAAGCUAAUUACUCUGUGUCGCUCCGAAUGGCCUGCCUUUGAUGUGGGGUGGCCGCCCGAAAGGACCUUCCGACUUGCUGUCAUCACUAAGGUAAAGUCCAAGAUUUUCCUACCUAGGCGUGCAGGCCACUUAGAUCAUAUCCCAUAUAUCCUCAUAUGGCAGGACCUUGUUGAGAACCCGCCUCCUUAGCUGUCCCCUUUCCAAUUGGCCUCUGAACACUGUAAGGCACUAGUUGCUCGACCACUAAAAUCCAGGCAACCAACUGCCCCCCCCAUCCUGUUUUACCUGACAGCGGGGCCCCACUGUUCACAGAACCCCCUCCGUACCCCUCCGGGCCCCAGGCCCCAGCCCCCCUGGCUGAGCUGCGGGAAGGAGCAGGCGGAUGGGAGGCGGCUGGCACACACGGGCCCGCUGAAAAGGAAAGUAACUUUGAAAGGCCGGUGGGGAGGACGCGAAGGCGCACUUCGCGGACUAGCCCCCCUCAGCCGCCUGACUCCACGGUGGCUUUACCCCUUCGGGAAAUAGGACCCCCGGAUGACACAGGAAUCCCCAGGCUCCAGUACUGGCCAUUCUCCACCAGUGAUCUGUAUAACUGGAAAACUCAGAGUGCUCGGUUUUCAGACAACCCCAAAGAUUUACUGGCUUUACUAGAUAGUGUCAUGUUCACCCACCAGCCCACUUGGGAUGAUUGUCAGCAGCUCCUCCGAAUUUUGUUCACCACGGAAGAGCGAGAAAGAAUACAGAUAGAAGCUAGAAAGCUAGUCCCGGGAGACGACGGUCAACCGAUUGCCAACCCCGACCUCAUAAACGCAACCUUUCCUCUGACCAGGCCAGCGUAGGACUACAACACGGCAGAAGCCUUACAGAAAAUUCACCAAGAAAUCUGGCCCAAGCUGAGAGAGCUAUAUGAGACCAGUCCCCCACCGACACCCCAUCCGUACCAGCCAGGAGACUGAGUCCUGGUUAAGCGACACCGACAAGAGACCCUAGAGCCCAGGUGGAAAGGACCACUCCAAGUACUCCUGACCACACCCACCGCCCUGAAAGUAGAAGGCAUUGCGUCGUGGAUCCACUACACCCACGUCAAGCCAGUGGACCCAACCUCCGACCUUCUAAGGCCAAUCAUGGCGGCGGUGGCUAAAGCACCGGACACGUGGACUGUGGACAGAGCUAAGAACAACCCCUUAAAACUCACCCUGCGCCGGCAGCAUAACUCACUGCAAACAUGCAGUUAAGUAGUCUAACUCUAACAUUAGUCGCCCUAGUGGCCGCUGAGGAAAACAUAAAGCCAGCUCCUAAUCCCUUUGUCUGGAGAUUCUGGCUUUAUGAAAACCAAACCCACCCUAGGCAACCUCCUAAGCCCGGGAAAUUAGUGGCCAGUGCAGAUUGCCCCUCCUCAAGGUGCAAUAGCCCAAUUUUACUAAAUUUUACCGAUUUCCCAGUAGCCAAACCAGUGGCACCAAUAAUAUGCUUCGAGUAUGAUCAGACUGAAUACAAUUGUAAGCACUAUUGGUGGCACCAAAGUGCCGGCUGCCCUUAUAACUGUUGUAACAUCCAUAAAUACCAAUGGUAAGGUGGAGAAGAACAGAUAGAUCCCAGAUGGCCCUUCCAUCGCAGACGAGAUAGAGACCUUUCAUAUACAUGGAUAGUUAAAGACCCCUGGAACUCCCGCUGGACCACGCCUCAACACAGGGCUGUAUACUACUCCUCUGCCUCCACAUGGCCUAGCAGUCACCUCUAUCUGUGGCGGGGUCUAGUGCAGGUACGGCCCCUGGUCCAUGGAAAUAUCCAGCGACAAGAAAACCGCCUGACACAAGAUUUACGUCCUUUUUCCUGGUUAAAAUUAUUGCAAGAAAGAUUAGAACUUGCCAACCUUACAGGACUUCACAGCCUGUCUGGCUGCUUUCUAUUGCCACUCUAAGGCGUCCACCGCUAACCGCUGUCCCCCUGCCAUGAAGAUCAUCCACCUCUGCCCAAGCUAACAACCACCAAAACCUCUCAUAUGCCCCUAUCCCUAACGUGCCACUAUACCUAAACCCCAGUCAAGAGAAGUUUCCCUAGUGUUUCUCAGGAACUAAUUCCAGCCUCUGCAACAUCACUGCAACGCCCCCUAACAUCACCUUAAAGGCUCCGUCAGGCAUAUUCUUCUGGUGUAAUAGAACAUUAUCUAAAAACCUAUCAAGCCCCUCUGUUACCAACCUACUGUGUCUUCCUGUCACAUUAGUUCCCCGGUUAACUCUCCUUACUGCCGGUGAGUUCCUAAAGUAUACCAGUAACUGGACUAGUGCUGUUAUUCACCCAGACCCUAGACCAAGACCUGCACGAGCCAUAUUUCUCCCCCUCAUUGCAGGAAUCUCCCUCACCGCAUCCUUCAUGGCGGCCGGACUGGCUGGGGGAGCCCUAGGUCACACCCUCAUAGAAAGUAACAAGCUGUACCAACAAUUUGCCGUUGCUAUAGAAGAGUCAGCUGAGUCCCUUGCCUCCCUCCAGCGGCAGCUCACGUCCCUAGCACAGGAUGCUUUCAUUGGAUUUGGAGGAAAUGUGAUCAGGCAACAAGUCAAGGAUAACGCCAAAUGGUAUAUCACUGAUUUUGUAGAGCUGCUGGGAGAACCGAAAGAAUAACAUCCAUUGUCAUACGGCUCCAAACAACUUCAGAUGAAUUUUUACAAGUUACACAGAUUGAUACUGUUUGCUUACAAUUGCCUAUUACAACUUGAUAUAGAAAGUUGGUACAGAUGAUCUGCACUGUCAAGUAAACUACAGUUAGGACUCCUCAAAGAUUGGUUUGUUUGUUUGUUUUUAACUGUAGUUCCAGUAUUAUAUGAUGACUAUUGAUUUCCUAGAGAGUUUUGUAAUCUGAAUUCUUUAUGUAUAUUCCUAGCUAUAUUUCAUACAAAGUGUUUUAAGAGUGGAGAGUCAAUUAAACACCUUUACUCUUAGGAAUAUAGAUUCGGCAGCCUUCAAUGAAUAUUGGUUUUUUUCCCUUUGGUAUGUCAAUAAAAGUUUAUCCAUGUGUCAGAA